AUGGCUGCGUCGUCUGCUUUGAACAACAAUCGAUCCCAAGCAAAUGGCGUCCUUCAAAUCUCAACGUCCCAGACGACCGCGACCGGAAAUACCUCAAAGUCGGCGGGUCCCAAGCUUCCAGCGCUUAAACUAAAGCUUGUUAUCAGAAGACUUCCCCCUGGAUUGACCGAAUCUGAGUUCCUGACUGUACUUGGGGAUGAGUGGAAGGUGGGGCAAGGGAAGGUUGAUUGGUUUCUAUACAAGGGAGGGAAGGAUUCGAAAGACCCUUCCAAGCCUUCUCGGCCAUCUCGAGCAUAUUUACAUUUGACGAAGGAGAGUCAUCUUCUAAGCUUGUCCGAUACAGUCCGUCAAUCCAUCUUUGAAGACGCGCAGAAUACCUUCACCAACCCAUGUCUCAUUGGCCCCCCAACCGUCGAGUUUGCCCCGUAUGGUCGGACACCAGGCGGUCGGCGUCGUGUGGAUGCACGAGCUGGCACGAUUGAUCAGGAUCCCGAAUUUAUGGCGUUCCUCGAAGGUCUUGCAAACCCCACAACAUCGAAGGAGCUGAACGCCGACUCGCUCGCAGAAGGCUCAUCGACGAAGCAGGAGAAGGUUACGAUGACGCCAUUAGUCCAGUACCUGAAAGAUAAGAAAGCCAAUAAGAACAAGGAGGCUGCAGUAAAGGCUGCAAAAAAGCAAGAGUCGCAACAUGCUAAAGGCAAGGCCGCCAAAGACACCCAUGACGAUACUAAGAAAAAGGGUAAGGAUGCUAAGGCAGACAAGUUAGUUGGGAAAGCUACGAAGGAAGCUGUCAAAAUCUUGAACAGAACGACCUCAGCGAAAACAGCGUCAGAGUCAUCCCAAAAAGCAGCAGGGUCCGGUUCGGACGCUUCUACAGCCCCCAAGCUCGAUCUAGGUAAAGUUCCUGGCCGUCAACGGAGUGCUGUUCUCGCGGCUCAUAUUCGAAUGUUGCAACGGGAUCUUGGACUUAGCCCAGCACAGGCACAUCGUCAAGUUAGACGCGAUACUGCCGAUGCUCAGAAAGCCGAGAGAGCAGCUACCGCCGUGAAGGCUAGUGCCGAGUUGACAGAUGCAUCGUCCCAACCGGCUCAAUCUCCAACCGUCCCAACCGCGCCAAAGGCAAGCUCGUCACAGUCCCAGAGCAGAAGGUCUCGAGCAAAAGGGCCCGCGCUCCCUGAAUCCCAAGCUAGCAAGAGAUCACCAUCCACUGCAGGCUCUUCGACCGCAGGCCCUUCUACGCCAAUGGUACUUUUGAAGAAGCCCGAAACAACACAGUCUGUGCCUUCUGCUACCCCUGCCACUCAACCUCCGAAAGUAGCACCAACUGGAACGCCUCGAAGACCACAAUCAACACCGGCUCCAUCGGAAGGUGCUACGCAGGCUUUUAUCAAACAUGCCAAUCCUUCUCAAGGCGUUACCGAAGCCCUGCUCAAAGAAGCCAUGGAGAAAUUUGGGCCUGUAUCCGUGGUCGAGAUUGAUAAGAGAAAAGGCUUCGCUUAUGUUGAUUUCACCGAACCGGGAGCUCUAAAGAAGGCCAUGGCAGCCAAUCCUAUAUCCGUCGCCCAGGGCACCGUGCAAGUCAUGCAAAGAAAGGGCACUGCUCUACCUCCUGAGAAAAAACCUGUACAUCAAGCUCCACAUGCACCUUCUCGGGGUGGUCGUGGCGGCAGGGGUGGUAUGGCUGGAAGACGAGGCGGUAGAGGCGGGGGUCGAGGUGGAGCGAACGCUGCUCAAGCACCUGCUUCUGCGCCAACUGGACCAGCCGCGAAGUGA